GGUUAAAACUUGAGAAAACAUUUUCUUUAGUUUUCUUCCUGGAUUAAAAGCAAUCUACAUCUAUCGUCAUGGACAGUAAAGUGGUGUUGUUUUGUCUUCUCGCAAAAUUAAAUCUGAUCGGGAUUUUUGCAUAUGAUAACGUUGCAUUACGUAAGUUGACAUGGCAGCAGUUUCCUUAUACAGACCGUCCAUUAAAUAACAUUACGAUGGCAGAAAAAGCUGUUGAUGGGCUGUAUUCUGACCGUAGUGCCUUUGGAGGACAAUGUACGAUAUCGGCAAACAAAAGGUUCACUGCAACCUGGCGGGUGGAUCUAGGAGGAGUACUCAGUAUACACCAUAUAAGGAUAUACUAUAGAACAGACAAUAAUCCCUGGGACAUAAGUAAUGGAUACACGUCACGGUUUCUUGGUUUCUCGGUUUACAUCUCGAACACAUCAAACAAAUAUGAUGGCUAUCUAUGUUUUAAAGAUACAAACUACACUAGAUACACGAUACCUGACAAUGUAACCAAAGAAUGUGUAAAACACGGACGCUACAUCAUCUACUACAAUAAGAGACCCCGUCUAGCUGUCAACCGAGAGGGAUAUUCCAGAUACGCAUACAGUGAAUUAUGUGAACUUGAAGUUUAUGGAUGCUCUACUCGAGGAUUUUAUGGAGAAGAUUGUGACUUACCGUGUCCAGAGAAUUGUCAGGAGAGACGUUGUGACAUCGUUAAUGGGACUUGUUUAGAAUGUCGACCCGGAUACAAAGGAAAACAAUGUGAAGAACAAUGCGACAACUAUAAAUACGGCUUGGAGUGCAGUAAAAGCUGUGGUAAUUGUAGCAAUGGAGAACCAUGUUAUCACGUGAACGGAAGUUGUACGAACGGAUGUGACGCUGGAGUUCAAGGAUAUAGAUGUGACGAAAAAUGCCCUGAGGGACGUUAUGGUAAAAACUGCCAGGAUGCGUGUAGCAUCAACUGUGGAGUUCCUAGUAGAUGUGACAGAGUAACAGGGGAAUGUCAUGGUGGAUGUCAGGCGGGGUGGAAAGACAUAGGGUGUUACAAGAAAUGCCCCGAGGGCACUUAUAGUUUCAACUGCCAGUACACUUGUAGCAUCAACUGCGGAGUCCCUGGUAGAUGUGACAGAGUGACAGGGGAAUGUCAAGGCGGAUGUCAGGAGGGAUGGAAAGGCACAAGAUGUGAUAGAAAAUGUGAUGAUGAUAAAUUCGGACUACAAUGUGCUCAGUCAUGCGGGGUCUGUCUUAAUAAAGAACAAUGUCAUCACAUAAACGGGACAUGCUUGAAUGGAUGUGACAAAGGCUAUCAAGGCAUCAAUUGUAAUGAAGAAUGUCCCUGGGGUUUUCAUGGUUAUAGUUGCAACAAAACGUGCAGCAACGAUUGUUUUAAUAGAAGUUGUAACGCAGUAACUGGAGCGUGUCCGGUGGAAACAAAGACUUUUCCUAUCAUUGGAGGGACAGCAGCAAUCACCGUUGUUAGCCUGGCGGUUGUCAUACUAUGUUUUAUCUUCAGAAGAAAAUUAAUCAGGAAAUAUACAAGAGGGACAGCAAAAUACCAGAAUAAUUCAGAAAAGAAAGCUGAGAAAUUGUCUUCCGAAAAUACAACACCUAAUAAGGAUAUAUAUGGUGAGAAAGGAACGUAUCAAGAACUUGGACCCAGGACAGAGGGGUCUGAUAAUGGUGGAUAUCAGAAAUUGGGACAUAGGGUAGAGGGGUCUGAUAAUGGUGAAUAUCAGGAAUUGGGACCCAGGACAGGAGUAUCUGAUAAUGGUGAUUAUCAGGAACUUGAACCAGGGAUGGAGAGCUAUGAUAAAACCAAAGACAACACAGAAUACCAGGAACUGGGUCAAAUAAGUGAACACUUUUAUUAUGAAAAAUUACAUUAGCUUGGAUUUUGGAAGUUUAUUUUUCUUUAAACAUCAACGAUUUCAAGCGUAGUGUUCGAGCAUUAUGGAAAGAAGUUGUACAUAAAGAAGAUGAAUGUCUUAUUAAGGAAAACUAUUGUAAAAUACUACUUUAUGCAUUGCUUUCUAAUGGGAAAGAAGAACUCGAAAAAAUAUUUGAAUGCCAUGGUGGUUUUUAAAUCUCAUGUUAAGGGUACAGAGUCAUGAAAAAUGCUUGUCUAAACCAAACUCUACCAUUACCUACUUAAUCUUCUUGAGUCAAGGUUUAUCAAAUGAAAAAAAAAAGCUUCAAUAUUAUCCAAUUUAAGGUUCAUAAACCUUCUGCUCACUCCAUAUAAAAUGUUGCUUGAACCUCAAAGAUUUUCCAAUAGAAAUAUAUUUUAUAAGUAAAAUGCAAAUAAUGGUAGCUUCCGGGGCAAAAUUAGACAAAAAAGACACUUAAACUUGACAAGACAAAUCUAUGAAGGACUAAUAGACAUAUGUCAUUAAGAGUUAUCUCUCUUAUCAGAGUAUCGAUGAACCUUACGACAUUCCUCAAUUUGAUGUUAUUUUUUAUCUUUCGAAUAAACAGGGUUUAAUAUCUAUGUUACAUAUCGUGUAUCGGAGCAUAGGUUCGUGGUGCACACGAUUGAAUUAUAUGUUUUAAACUGUUUAGAUAGCAUGACAAUUCGCUUAAUCUUUGCUACUUUAACUAAAAAGUAGAUACGUUGCCUCUUUGAUAGACAAAUAUCAGAUUAAAGGCAGGUAUCUGGGCAUCUUUCAAAUGAUUUAAAUUGACAUUUUAAAUAUAGAACUUUUAUGAAAGAAUUGACCUUAUUUUUCAGGAUUUGAACUUUUUUAUAGAGUUAUGUAAGAUUAAAGGCUGAUAUCUGUAGUUCUAUUCACAUGAUUUAAAUUGAUAUCUACAAUACAUUUUUAUACAAGAAUAUGGUCUUAUCUCAAGAAUUCGGACUUUGUAAAUAAAAAGCAAAUUUAACAAGUUAUCAUUUUGCAUUAUAUAGGUUUUUUUAAUUGAUAAUGUUUGCAUUUAUUAUUAUAUAGAUAUUACAUGUAGUUGAGUGUAAAUUUUGAAAAUUUUCACCCCAGAAAAAACAUUGUCAACGAGGCGCAGCCGAGGUUGACAAUGGUUUUCCCGGGGUGUGGCUUUAUUAUUCAGCGGGUACAUGUAAUAAUGAUUUUAAAAAGAUGUUUCUCGGCCAUUCAGAUUCAACUAAUUUACAUAAAAGAAUAAUAUUGAAUAUGAAUCAUCUGUUGAAAACAUCAUUUUAGUGUACAAACGGUGCUGAUUUGAAUAUGGAAAUUUAAAUUAUCAUAUUUACCAUAUUUGCCAUGAAUUGAUAUACAAUGUAUUUAAAAUGUCGCGGAUGUGAUUUGCAUGUCACCUCUAACAUGGAUGUGACAUGCAUAUCACACCUUGUGGCCAAUUUUGUUUUAAUGUGCCAUCUUUUUGCUAACUUUUUCAUAUGAUGUUUUGAUUGUCUUGUCUUACAGAUACUUUUUCUAGUCAGUUUUAGGGGAUCACACAUUAUCAUAUUUACGUAACUUCUAAUCAAAGCUUGUGAAUCUGAUCCACUUCUUAUUUGUUAAAUUGUUCAUAUUUACACUCUCAUUUUAAUAAAUGACAUUAUUCAUUAUUCAUCUCUAUGAAAGUGUUUCAUUUAACUUACACAAAAUUAGCAAAAACAAGUUGCGGUGAGCUUGCAAAUAAGCAUAAGAAUACACAGAACAACAAUUUUUGGAAUAAUAUAUGUAUAUCGAUAACUUAGUUGGAGGUUUCUGGUAGGAUUGAUUUUGGUAGAUUGUGAAAAUUCUUAGAUCCACGCCUUGGUUGAUGGUUUACAUAUGAUAGGUGUAAGGUCACGUGGUCAGCUCAGCGAGUUGUAAUGUGAUAACCCGCAUGCUGACCACGCUAACAGCAGGCACGUCUAUUUUGAAGACCCUCCUCCACCCCUGCAUCCCUUGAAAUGGGUAUUAAUGUGUCAAGUUAAUUCAUAUAUUUGAUUGGUUCUGAUUUAAUUUGUUUAUAUAUAUUUUUCAUGUACAUGUAUUUUGUUUCACUACUAUCCUUGGCCUAUUAUGUUUUGAUGUGCCAUCUUUUUGCUAACUUUUUCAUAUGAUUGUCUUGUCUUUCUAGUCGGUUUUGGGGGAUCAGACAUUAUCAUAUUUAACGUAACUUCUAAUCAUAGCUUGUGAAUCUGAUCCCCUUCUUGUUUGUUAAAUUGUUCACAUUUAUACCGUCAUUUUAAUAAAUGACA